AUGGUUUUAAAGGGAGCUCUAAUGGAAUGUCAAAGAAGAGGGUUCCCUAAGAGAUGUAGGUGCAGAGAAGCUGUCCUUAUGAAGACGUCUGGUAUUGCUAAAAAUCCUGGAAGGCUGUUUCAUGCGUGCCCAUAUGGAAAUGAAGGAGAUAAUUGGUAUCAUACGUUCAAAUGGACUGAUACAUGUAUGGUUAAAGAGCUUGAGGACUUGAUAGACAAAGUCGGGAACAUUGAAGAAACUUCAAUGACAUUGCAGAAGGGCUUUAAUGUUUGUGAGUCUGAGAUUGACACAUUGGCUAUGGAGACGUGUAUGUGUGAGGCUGUGGUUGAAAAAGAGGUGGGAGAUCUCACAUUGGAGCUCUGUAGCUUGAAUAAUCUUGUCUGA